AUGAAAGAUCAUAGAGAUCCAUACAUAUGUGAAGCAGCUAAAUUUAUUAAACGUGCAUGGUUAGAACAAGCUUUGAAAUACUCUCACAUACCUGUAAUUGAUUGUGAAAUUAAACGUGCCAUGUUAGAUGCAUGGAAUCCAUCAAUGAUUGAAAUUGACUUACCAGUUCAGCAGUUCAUGUCUAAACGGGAACAAAGUAAUUAUCAUGAUGCUGUAAUUAGUUUAGAAAAUAUGUUAGAAAACGAAGUUUUGUCGUUACCGAUUAAUGAUAAUCAUAAUGGUGAAGAAAUAGCAAGAAUAAUUCGAAUUAUUUGUCAUAGUAUUUACAAUGCAAACUUAACGGUUGGUGUCAAUUUAUUACCAGCGAUACUUAUUCGGGAUAAGAUGAAAAGUUUUCUACAUACGGUUGCUAUGAUUUGUUCAAACGAUACCGAAAAACUGGUUUUAGUCUUACCGGCAUUACAACAUUUAUUAAACAGCGAAACAAUUUUAAGAUUACAAGAACACAGUACUUACUUCGACGACACUAUAAAAAGUUUAAUACAAAAAGUUCAACAAUUUCAAGAAACAAAAGAAAGUGGUGAAUUUGAUGAUAAUCUGUUGACCAGCACAUCUAUUAUCAUGUUGAACGAUUUAGCAACAAAAUGA